AUGACCCGAGGCGAGAGCACGCAGACCAAAGUCCACUACAAGGGCUCCACCGACGACUUCCUCGUCUUCGUCGAGGACGUUGCCCAGUACAGGGAGUGGCUGAAGGGAGACACGUCCAUCCCCCUGGCGCAAUUCGUGUCCUCCUUCAAGAUCUUCCUCACGCACCGGCAAGGCGCCCAGGGCACGUACGACGAGUCGCCCAAGAGCGUGCUCUACUCUGAAUUCAACACCGACGACGAAGACGAGGUCAUCAAGAAGAUCCUCAAGGAGGGCACCAUGCAGACCAUCGAGAUGCCGGCCCGGCAGGGCGUCACCAACGACAGCAUGAGCUCCAUGAAGGCUCACUAG